AGUGCGCAUGCUCACUCACAGAAAUCUGCUCAGGAUUUCGUGAUAUUCUUGUGCUGUGUUGGAUAGCAGUAGUUUCACCGUUUUUCGAUUGACUAUUCACUUAUUGUUUAUUUUGAGAAUAUCAGUUAACAUGGCAGAUCCAAGAAUACGACAGAUCAAAAUCAAGACUGGCGUAGUAAAGCGGCUGGUGAAGGAGAAGGUCAUGUAUGUCAAGGAGACCAGGCAGCAGGAGGAGAAGAUUGAACGACUGAAAGCAGAGGCCUGCGACGAAGAGGCCGACUCCGAGGCCAGGUAUGUCAUCAAGAAACAGUUGGAGGUGCUACAGGAGUCCAAGAUGAUGGUUCCAGACUGUCACAGGCGUUUGACCAUAGCACACGCAGACCUGUCCCAGAUACUAGAAACAGAAGAGGACUUGGCUGAAGCAGAGGAGUACAAAGAGGCCAGGACCGUAUUGGAUUCAGUGAAGCUUGAAGGAUGAUGUUCUCACUCUGUAAUGCACUACUUAAAUGUCUAUUUCAUUCAUCUGGGCUUGUUUGGAAACACAGACAAACAAAAUCGUUCAGCAUCUUUUUCUCUUUCUCUCGCUCUUUUUUUGUAUUUUUUAUUUCUACAUUUGAAAACAACGUGCAGUCUAAUGUCGACAUCCUUCUCCUGAGUGUACAAUCUCACACAAGCAGCAAAUAAAAACCUAUUUCUUUUCUUAA